UCUCAACCCUGAAACCCUGACUCGCCGCAGGGUCGCUGGUCGUGGAGCCAACUGUUAUUCUAGUUUCUCACUAUGAACUAAAUAAAAUAACCCACUCGAGCCCAAUGAAAGUCACAAGAUGAUCGACAGACAUUACGAGUUCGCAAUCCCAUUCUCACUUCCAGCCCGCCGUGGCCGAUUUUUCACGUCAACAACCACCCCCCCGGGCCAUAUCCUAUGUAUACAUAAUGACCUGGCUCUCAUCACAGACGGCGAGGAUCCUCCUCGGACUUCUAGCCGUCGCAUAUCUUUUUACGCCCGUAUAUUCUCUAGCCACGAUUCCCAAGUCGAAAUGCAUCAAAAACUGCGGAACCACCCCGAAAACGACCGCCGAUGACCUCGUCUGUCCCGAUUCAGCCUAUAACAACACCGAGAAAGGGAGGACCGUGAAAGAUUGUCUGCUAUGUCAAAGUACGGGAACGGCAUAUAUCAACGAUGAGAGAAAUGACAUCUACACCUUUCUAGCUACUCAGAAAUACACCGUUCAGACCUGCCUUUUCGACCGCAAUGGCUCUAUAUCAGGCUGCCAGAAUGAAUGUAUCCCCCUGCAAAGCGUCUACAAAACCAACUGGUACGGCGGCAGCAACUUCACCCCGAUUUAUACGUAUUGCGACGACGCCGGGUUCAAGCAGUAUGCCGAUCAAUGUGAAUCGUGUCUACGGGGUAGAAAUGGGAGUUACAUUCUCGCGAAUUUCAUCGACAACAUGGUCUCAGCGUGUACGAAUAAGCCGAAUGCCUCCGAAGGCGAGAUUGUCACCCUCCGUCAACCCAUCUUCCAGGUUCCUGCGUCGGAAGCCGUGCCCGACGAGAGCAAUUCUUCAAGCGGUUUGUCAACGGGUGCGAAAGCUGGUAUCGGUGUUGGAGUUGGAGUUGGUGGACUCAUGAUAGUGGGGGGUUUGGCCUGGUUUUUCUGUAUCAGGAGGAGGUCGAAGAGGGUCGACGCUCAUCAGUAUGAGCGGCCCUGGCAGCAGGAGAAUGCCGAUGCAUCUGCGCUGUCGCCUGAUCCGCGGAGUGGACCGCCGAGUGAGAUGCCCGCUGAUGCGGUUGUGAAGGGGCCAACAGAGCUAGAAGGGGAAGAUAAUACCAAGGCAAAGGUGGGGGGAGGUAAUGAAGGUGAGUAUGGAAAGGAUAAGAAAGAGACACCAUCCGAGCCCGUGGAAUUACCGUAAUGAAUAAUAAGAUACUGUUGAGACUGAACGGGGCCUGCAUCUGUAUAUAUGGGUUACGAUUUGACAUUGUCUAUGCAUCGGCCUUGGAGACCAGGUUUAAGCGGCUAAUAUAGACCAGAGUGGCAGCAUCGCUGCACAAG